AUGGGGGCAUUUUCCGUCUCACCAAGCUUCUGGCCAGAGAUCCCACCUGCACGUCUUGCACGUCUUGCACGUCUUGCACGUCUUGCACGUCUUGCACGUCUUGCACGUCUUGCACGUCUUGUACGUCUUGCACAUCUUGCACGUCCUGCACGUCUUGCACGUCUUGCACAUCUUGCACGUCCUGCACGUCUUGCACGUCUUGCACAUCUUGCACGUCCUGCACGUCCUGCAGGUCUCCGCGCAGCUCUGCGCCGGCUUAGUCACGCCUCUCUCCCCCCCUGCCUAGCGCACUGUCUUAGUCAUCUCCCGGGCCGGGCUGCAACCGCCCGACUAACCAAGUACGGUCAAGCGUCUCAGCCCGGCUCAGCCCGCGGUGGCGAACCCCCCCGCGGCGGCUUACAUAAGCCGGACCCCGCCGGCGCAGCCGAGAACAAUCAAUGUGUGGCACAAGCCACCACCCACUUCGCCCCGUCGCCAUCAUCGGCAGCAAUCGUCGACUUCGACAUCGAUCUCCCCAAGGCCUCCCAGCUACGACGCCCUGCUUGGACCGUGGACGCUGCAAGACGAGAGGAGAAAAGCACCCGACCAAUCCUCCCGGAGCCCUAG